AAGAUGGCGGCGGCCGUAAUUGAAACAUGUCAUGUAGCUUGUUGUGCAAACAGGACGCCAAAUGUUGUUUCUUGGGGUCGCGGAGGAACCAUCGCUUAUGGGACAUGUAACUCGGUGGCUCUAUACGACCCAGAGGAGAGGAGAGUUGUAGCUCUUCUAAACGGACACACCGGCAGAGUUAAUGCGGUCCAGUGGGUUCACAGAGAGGACAGCGCUCCAGAGGGUCAUCUAGUCUCAGGAGGAUCAGACAAUCGACUCAUCCUCUGGGAGGCUCAACAGGAUGGAAAGUUUAUCCAGUCUGUUGAGUGUAAGGGCCACACUGGUCCAGUAUGUGCUGCUGAUGCCAUCUACGUGGAGGACUCAAAGAUACUGGUGGCCUCCUCAGCAUCAGACUCCACAGUUAAACUCUGGCUCUGCUGUGACGCCAAAGAAGCUGAGUGCCUCCAUAACUUGUCCUUUGGCAGCGGUUUCAUGAUGGAUGUCUCUCUGGUACUGUUGCCAGGCAGCAGAGUUCCCAUAUUGGCCUGUGGGGGUGAUGACUCUCGGGUGCAUCUCUAUGUGCAGGCCAAUGGGCAGCUGCAGAGAGCCAUGUCCCUGCAAGGACAUGAAGACUGGGUUCGUGGAGUGGAGUGGGCAUCUACAGGUGGGGAGCUGUUAUUAGCCAGCUGUUCGCAGGACUCUCUCAUCAGAGUGUGGAGGCUGUGUGCCAAGUCUGGCACAGACACCCAUGCAGAGGACAAUCACAGCAUCAUCAAAAUGAAAGAGGACAUUUUUGAAGUGAAGGAGAGAGAUAAGUCCUCAGUGUUUGCUGUGUCCCUUGAAACGGUGCUGGCAGGCCAUGAGAACUGGGUGUAUGGGGUUCACUGGCAGCCUCCUUUCUAUCAAGGUGGCGAGCUGCAACAGCGUCUCUGUUUGCUCUCUGCCUCUAUGGACAAAACCAUGAUCCUCUGGGCUCCUGAGGAGGGUUCUGGAGUGUGGAUAGAGAAGGUGCGUGUCGGGGAGGUUGGUGGUAACACUUUAGGCUUCUACGGCUGCCAGAUGAGCGCGGACGGCUCCAUGAUUCUAGCUCAUGCUUUUCACGGUGCACUACAUCUCUGGUGCAAGGACGCAGACAAAGAGGGAGAGUGGAGACCUGGAGUUGUGAUAUCAGGUCACUUUAAUGCAGUUCAAGACCUGAGUUGGGAUCCUGAGGGUGAGUUCAUCCUCAGUGUGGGCUCUGACCAGACCACCAGGUUAUUUACCCCAUGGAGGACACAAGAGAGCAAAAAGGUCACGUGGCAUGAAAUCUCUCGGCCGCAGAUCCAUGGAUAUGACAUGCAGUGUCUGGCCAUGAUCGGAAGGUUUCAGUUUGUGUCUGGAGCUGAUGAGAAGGUCCUGAGAGUAUUUCAAGCACCUCGUAACUUUGUGGAGAACUUUGCUAAUAUAUCUGGGACUUCAAAAGAAACUCUGUUAACAUCCAGUGACUCUGCCAACCUCCCAGAAGGAGCCAGCACACCUGCCCUCGGGCUGUCCAACAAGGCUGUAUUUCAGGGUGACCUUGUGCCGAAAAACAAAGAAGAAGAGGAGCAGUUCAACAGUGUAUCUGACCAAUACCAGGAGUCUUACUUCCACCCACUCAACCUGACAGAGCCACCACCAGAGGAUCAUCUUCUCCAGAACACACUUUGGCCUGAGGUCCAGAAACUGUACGGGCACGGCUUUGAGAUGUUCUGUCUUGCAUCUGACAGCAGCAGAACAGUGGUGGCAUCUGCAUGCAAGGCAUCCAAAGCUGAGCAUGCAGCAGUGCUGCUGUGGAGUACAACCACAUGGCGUCAGCUGCAGGUUCUUCCAUGUCACACCCUCACGGUUACCCAGAUGGCCUUUUCACCUGAUGCACAGCUCCUGUUGGCUGUUUCCCGAGAUCGCACUUGGUCUUUAUGGAGAAGGAAUCUCCCCACACCUGAAAGUCCAGAGCCCCUGUUCUCGCUGUAUGCGCACACAGAGAAGGACACAGCCAUACACAGCCGAAUCAUCUGGUCAUGUGACUGGAGCCCUGACGGCAAAUUCUUUGUAACAUCAAGUCGAGACAAGAAGGUGAUAGUAUGGGGCCCAUGUAGUUUGGACUCUGGAGACCCUGUGCUGCCUCCUGAGAUUAAACCGUGCUCUUCCAUCUUAGAUGUGGGCGAUUCUGCUACUGCUAUAGCGUUCUGCCCUGUACUCUGCUCUAAUGACAGCUACCUGCUUGCAGUUGGCCUGGAGUGUGGCAGGAUCCGGCUGUACAGGUGGAGCCCUGGCAGCGAGCCUGCUGGAGGAGACAACUGGAGCUGCUGCGGAGAAACGGACACCUCACAAAGCCACACUUUGGCCGUAAAACGGCUCCGCUGGAGGCCCAAGACUGGCCGAGCAGGUCGGGGGAACAGCAAGAAGGAUGGACAGGGUGAUGGAGGGAGUGAAAUCGAGGAGGAGAGCUCCUGGGUCCAGCUCGCCAGCGCCAGUGCCGACCACUCUGUCAAAAUCUUCAACAUCAACAAACGGGCUCUUUAGCACCACCAACACUGACACUAUUAUGUCUCUCACACCCAGAGAGACACUUUGACUGAGGGCCACAGGCCUAACUGAGGCACCGAGGCCACAGCUGCUUGCUGGCAUGCCAUGCAGUCCCUGUGACAGCCAGUUAAGUCAUGGGUCAGUCACAGGACAAACCCACAGCGCACAUGCCCUGCAGUCUGUCUGCACACAGCUGAACAGAUUUGAUGGGUGGAAGCAAGAUGGUAAAAACACCAUGACCUUUGGGCGGUAUUUUGCUUAGACACUUCAAAGUGUUUUAGAUUCAAAGAAGAAGACUCAGCAGGAUUUCUAUACAGACUGCGUAUUUAUACAGGUCAUCUAAGUAACCAUUGGCAUGGUGAACUGUAUUCUUGAAGGAACAAUUCAAUUCUGAGUGCCAUCAGAGACAGGGCUUGUGUUGCAUGUUUGUGCCUUGGAAUCAGUUGAUUAAAUGUCUUUCAUGUAUGUCACGUAUGUUUAUAGGUAGUGUGCAAGCAGUCCAGUACGCAGCAAUGAUAUAUGACUGCUAGACACUAGGGAUCACAUUUUUAUCCUCUGUGGAAACGUGAGUGUAUUAAAG